AUGGGUAACUUACCCAAGGAUCGAGUAACUGGUUCUCGUCCAUUUGAAGUAGUUGGAGUCGAUUUUGCCGGCCCUAUACCCACAUACCUCAGGAUCCGCGGAAAGGGUCCAUAUAAAUCCUAUAUAGCUGUGUUUGUGUGCUUUGCAACAAAGGCUGUCCACCUUGAAGCGGUCUCAGACUUGUCCAGUGAAGCCUUUAUAGCAGCAUUAAAGCGUUUCAUUGGUCGCAGAGGUGUUCCUACCAAAAUUUGUUGCGACAACGCCACCAAUUUCAUUGGCGCUGAGAGGAAAUUAAAUGAAUUUCACCACCAUUUUCAUCAGGAGGCAAAUAAGGCAGCCAUUGCAGAGUUCGCUUCAACAAAAUUUAUUGAAUUUUCCUUCAUUCCUCCCAGGGCCCCUCAUUUUGGCGGAUUAUGGGAAGCGGCCGUAAAAUCAGCAAAGGGUCACUUGUUCCGAACGCUACAUAAUGCUCGACUGACUUUUGAAGAGUUAUCAACAGCCCUGGUGGAAAUUGAGGCAAUUUUAAAUUCACGUCCCAUUGGCUCGUUAUCAACGGAUCCCAACGAUUUGGACGCUCUUACUCCUGGGCAUUUAUUAAUAGGUUGCCCUCUGCAAAGUGUUCCAGAGAAGACAAACUUUGACUCGGAGAUAUCUCAUUUGCAACACUGGCAGAGAAUAUCAGCAAUAAAGUCUCAUUUUUGGCGCAGGUGGCACAUCGAAUAUCUUGCUCAACUUCAAAAUCACUAUCGUUGGAAAAAACCGCAACAAAAUUUAAAGGUCAAUGAUUUGGUUAUAGUUCAUGAAGACAAUGUCGCUCCGAUGAAAUGGAUUCUUGGUCGUGUCACAAACAUUGUCCCUGGGGCAGAUGGCUUUGCUCGAGUGGCCGAAGUAAAAACACCACAUUCAACAUUUCGACGUCCAAUCACAAAAUUAGCUGUUUUACCCCAAGAUGAAAAUUUGAUUGAAACCGGAGGUUUCAAUGGGGCCCGGCAUGUUAAAUCCCUUUAA